CCCCACUUCCCCUCAAAGCUCAAAUUACCGACUCGUGUCGGUGCUUUCCUUUCCCAAAAUCCACCUCGUCACUCCUACACACACAAAUACAAGUCUUUUUGGGGUUCAGAGAGCGUAUCGGCUUUGCAAGUUGAUCCAGUGGUGGUUGCAUUGAAGCUGAGGGUAGAUUGGAUGGAAGAAGCAUGUGAUUUUCGAAGUUGGGAUGAACUGAUUCCUGAUGCCCUAGGGGUAAUCUUCACCAAUCUCUCUCUCCAGGAGAAAGUGACUGUGAUCCCCAGGGUAUGUAAAUCAUGGGCUAAUGCAGUAACUGGACCUUACUGCUGGCAAGAGAUAGACAUUAAGGAUUGGAGCAACCGUUGCCAACCAGAGCAACUUGACCGGAUGCUUGAGAUGCUUAUCACAAGAAGUUGUGGAUCCCUCCGCAAGCUGUGUGUUUCUGGUGUCCAAUCUGAGAGGAUUUUCACAUUCAUUGCUGAUAAUGCCUCCUCUCUCCAGACUUUGCGGCUGCCUAGGAGCAGUAUGAGUGAUUCCAUUGUGGAACAGAUUACUGGGAGGCUUUCUAUGAUAUCUUUCUUGGACGUAAGCUACUGUAUUAAAAUUGGUGCUUGUGCUCUCGAGAUGAUUGGCAAGAACUGCAAACUGCUAGAAGGACUGUGCCGGAACAUGCACCCGUUAGAUACCGCAGGCAAGCCGUUUCAAGAUGAUGAAGCAUAUGCAAUUGCCUCCACUAUGCCAAAGCUCAAGCAUCUUGAAAUGGCUUAUCAUCUUAUAAGCACAUCAGGCGUGCUUGAAAUACUUGCAAACUGUCCUAAGCUUGAAUUUUUUGAUCAGAGGGGGUGUUGGGGUGUUGCGCUCGACAACAUGUUUGUAAAGCAGAAAUUUCCAAAAUUGAAGGUUUUGGGGCCUUUUGUUCGUGACACUUAUGAGAGUGAUUGCUGGGAUGAUUACUCAGAUGUAUCAGAUUCUUCUGAAUAUUUACCCUGGGACUUUGUGGCUGGUGGCAUGGGUGAAUACUAUGUUGAUGAUAGUGACAGUUAUGAUGGAAUGUGGGAUGAUGAAGGGAGGCUAGAUGAGCUUCAGUUCGGGUUUUAUGAAGGGAUAGAAGAUGCAGGAAUGUAUUGGCCUCCAUCACCAUAAGCUGUAUUACUUGUGAUCCGUGAUCCAUUGCAUGCUUUUCUACUCUCUGUAACUAAUGCUUCUACUCUUGUUUUAUGUGCUCUAUGAAUGAUGUGUUUUUCCCUGAAAAUGAAGAAGUUUGGCUUGCUCUUCCCAC